ACUUUGCCGGUCCGGGUGCAAAGUUUUGAUCCGUCUGCAAAGCGAGCCGCGCGGACACAGAGCCGGAGAAGAGCGGCGCGUGAGGAAAAAGAGAAGAAGGAGAGAAAAGUGUGCGAGCGAGCCGGCGCUUCUUUAAAAAGAAAAGAGAAGGCGCGUGUUAUUGCUCGAGGACCGGUCCGUCGCUAGGCUAAGCAGCUCGCGGGAGGAGGUAGAAGGGAGGGCACGAUGGCGGCGUGCGAGCCGAACCGCGCGCGCCUGCUGUGCAUGCUGUCGCUGACUUUCGGCUUCUUCGUGGUGGAGGUGGUAGUGAGCCGCGUGACGGCUUCGCUCGCGAUGCUCUCGGACUCUUUUCACAUGCUCUCCGACGUGAUCGCGCUAGUGGUGGCGCUUGUGGCCGCGCGCUUCGCCGCGCGCACCACUGCCACCGACAAGAACACGUUCGGCUGGAUCCGCGCGGAGGUGAUGGGCGCGCUCGUCAACGCCGUCUUCCUCACCGCGCUCUGCUUCACCGUGGUGCUCGAGGCCGCCGAGCGCUUCACCGAGCCGCACGAGAUCGAGUCCCCCCGUGUUGUGGUCUUGGUGGGCGUCCUGGGGCUCGCGGUCAACCUGCUGGGGCUUUGCAUGUUCCGCGGGCACGCGCACGGAGGAGGACACGGGCACUCGCACGGCGGCGGCGGAAAGAAGGGCAAGAAGACCACCGCCGGUAACAAGACCACCAAAAGCUGCAGCAACGCCGCGGAAGAGACCAACAACCUGGUACCGGGAACCGAGAGGAGAGAACGGACAGACUUGCCUCACGGCGAAUGUGUAGAUGUCCAGCUGAACGGUAGCGCCUCCUACGAUGACCCAGAGCAGGACCACAGCCACGAUUCGGCCUCACAGCUCAACAUGCGGGGCGUUUUCCUGCACGUUCUGGGCGACGCUCUGGGCUCCGUCAUUGUCGUUAUCAACGCCAUCAUCUUCACCUUCGUGUGGCAGCCGUGCGAGCCCGGGGUGCCCUGCAUUAACCCCUGCGUCAACAGCCACUGCACUGACCACCAGCACAUCAACCACACACUGGUGGAGCUGCAGGAUAAUGACCAUGGCAACCACAGCGGCCUGCAGGACAUGCCCAUACCUCUGGCCAGAGCUGGACCGUGCUGGGUGCUUUACCUGGACCCUACGUUGUGCGUGAUUAUGGUUUGCAUCCUGCUGUACACUACAUACCCACUUUUGAAGGAGUCGGCACUGAUCCUGCUGCAGACGGUGCCCAAGCAGAUCGACAUGCACAGCCUGAAUUCGAGGCUGCAAGAGCUGGAGGGCGUUCUGGCCGUCCACGAGCUGCACAUUUGGCAGCUGGCCGGCAGCCGCAUCAUCGCCACGGCGCACAUCAAGUGCCACGACCCUGCUACCUACAUGGACGUGGCCAAGCGCAUCAAAGCCUUCUUCCACGACGAAGGAAUCCACGCCACCACCAUCCAGCCGGAGUUCGUCACCGUCAACUCUGAGUCGCGCGCGUCCCUCUGCGAGCUCUCCUGCAGGACGCAGUGCGCUCCCAAAUUCUGCUGCGGCUCCGCCGAUGGCCCCAAGCCAGCUGAAAUCGCCGCGGGGGCGGGCCAGAAGGCCAUCGCCGCAGCCGCCUCCACCGCAGCCAUGCUGGAGGUCAUCAAUGAAUCGCUGGAGAACGCAGCGAGGGACCAGGAGGUCAAAGGUCAGGGGGAGCCCAAGGCCGAGGAGGACGUGACCAUCGCCAGAGAAGUGGAGUCGUCCUUAUAAAAGAGAGAAAGAAAGAAAAGGAGACAAACCGUGCAAUCUUGAAAGGGGCCACUGAAAUCAGCAGUGCAUUUGAACGGACCUGAACGGUCAAAGAAACACUCAUUUACACGAGAGGGAGACCUGCUGUGUCCAGAGAAGGUGUCUGCUGUUAACUGUUCAAACCAAACCUACUUGCACAUGAGCCGCACACACUCACAUAUACACAGUACUGUCCAAAAGUCUUGGACACUGGAGAAAAUUAGAAUUUAAAAGCUAUUUAUGUGGACAGUAAGCAUUACUUCUUUAAAAAACAAAACAAUAGUAUAAAAAUAAAUGCAAACAGCUUUAGUAUAAUAAGCAGUGAUUUUAGCCUCUCCUCAAGGAAGCCCAUCAUUAUUUGGAGUCAUCAUCCAAUACCUGGUUUAGCUAAUCAGUACUUCAUUAUGCUAUCAAGUGUGCUGCUGAUGGAAUUUAACAAAUCCCUGGGUUGGCUGGGGUGUCGAGGAGAAAUCUGGAACCAAACCUGUAGUGUUUUAACCAUCAAGUACUUUGUUUAAAAAAAAAACAAAAACUUUUUUCCUUACUUUAAUUAGUUUUUAUUGUAGUCAUGUUUAACAUAACAUACGGACAGCCAAGAGCUUGAUGAGGUGCCUGAUACUUUUGAACUGUGUGUGUGUGUGUGUGUGUGUUUACAGAUACACAGUACUGUGCAAAAGUUUUAGGCACCUGAAAAUUGGAUUUAAAAGCUGUUUUUCUGCAGUCAAUGUGUAUUUGCUCAGAAAAUCACUAAUAUUAGAAUAAAUCCAAAUAACAUUAAAACAAUAAGUGGUGAUUUUAUAUCUGUCAGUGCUCGUUUAACCAUUUCCAGAUCUCUCCUCGAGGAAGCCCCGUAUUUGUAGUUGGUUUAUCUAAUCAGUACUUCAUUGUGUUAAAUCAGAUUGUGAACAGAUCCCUGCGAUGGAGAAAUCUGGAACCAAACUUUCUUUUUCUAGCUAGCUCAUGAUGUCAGCUGCAUUUUAAAAAUGAGAAAUUCUCGUUACUUUUUACUGUGUUUAUGUCUGUUUGUAUUUAUUCUGAUGGUAUACAGUCGUGUGCAAAGGUUUUGGCGCCCCAACAAAUUGCAUGUUGUUGAUUUUUUUUUUUUUUUCCAAGUGAAAGCAAAGUAACGCAUCCUCCCCGCAGAGAACACGUCCGCACAUGUUAAUGCAAGCAAAAUGUGGCCUGUGCAAAGGUUAUGGCGAGUUUUAUGUUAUUUUAUGUUAUAUUUUUAUAUAUUUUCACUGUUGAACUCCAGGGCAAAAGAAAUUGCACGUGAAAAUUUGCAGAAAAACUAUGUGUUCUCUGUAGAGGAGGUGUUAACUUAUUUAACACAGAAAAUGAACAAAAUGUAUCAUUUGACUGGAGGUGUUCAAACUUUAGCAAAUUGCUGUAUGUUGUUUUAUUAAGGGGGGAAAAUACACUUACUGCCAAGAUGUGCUUUUAAAAACAAUAAUGGUAGUACCAAGAUUUCUGCACAGUACUGUUUAUUGUUGUGUGUGUGUGUGUAAGUAUAUGAAUAUCGCUGUCCAAAGGAAAACAAGCAUCUCUAAAAUAGCAACUUCACAGGAGUAAGCAAAAACCCUCUCACCUUUACUGGUGAGUAAAGAGGUUUUAUUCAAAGUGAUUUUGGAGCAUUUAUAUUGGUCCAUUAAUCAUGCAUUUUUUACAUGCUGUAAAGGACGGCUUUCGUGUUUAAAUGAUGGAGAUGGAGAUACAUGUUUUUUUUGGACAGCAACAAUGUGAUAUAUAGUGUGUGUGUGUGUGUAUAUAUAUAUAUAUAUAUAUAUAUAUAUGUGAUGCACACACACUCUCAGUUUAAGCCACCUCUGGACGUUGGUGAGAAAUCUGCUGCAAUGUUUCUGCUGUUGACUCUUAUCCUUUCUCUCGCCUCUGGACCAUGAGCCCUCACUGCCGGUUACCGUGGCAGCAGAACUGAAGAUUAUAUUCUGAAUGACCUCUGACCUCGGGCCACUGAAGCAGGGCCUGCUGCAUGUGUGUGCGCGUGUGUGUGCUGUCGCGUUGUCCAAAUGUGGUGUGUGUGUGUGAGAGUGUGUAUGUAUGCCAAAGCUUCUCUGUUCAGAAGUUAGAGCUCCUGCAUCUUCUCUUGUGGAUCUCGUGCAACAAACACAUGCAAACUGCAAAUAGAGCUGCUGGCCCAAGUUUUAGGACUUUUUACUACUACUGUUAUUAUUAUUAUUAUUAUUAUUAGUAAUAUUCGUUCCCUCACCCUCUGUAAACAUUUUUAUUUUCUCUGCCACCUGCAAUUAUAUUGUGGUGGAGGUAAUUUAUGUAUUUUAAGUUAUUUAGUAAUUAAAUAUUUUCUUUCCAGAAGCUUUUAUAAUAAUUAGAUUUGUUGAGUAAAAUGGAAAAAAAGGACAUGGGCAAUUUUCCCACCUCUUUUAAAACAGACAACUAUGCUGUAGAAUUAUUUUUUUAGUAGUCAUGUUUUUUAAACUAUGGUGUUCAGACUUAUUUCCUCAACAGACGCCUUUUUCUUUUGCUUGUCUAUUUGUUUUUGGGUCAGAUCCUUUGUAUUUAGGUCCUGAAUGCAGUGUCAGUACAAGUUCACCAAGCCUUUAAUCCAGAAUAGUUUGAAAUAACACUGAAAUGAGUUUAGAGUAGCCACUGCGUUUCGCAACUGUUCUCGUUCUACAGAAAAGCUGACGCCCUUGCGAGUCGUGCUGUCACUUGAGCAGAAGUUCGUUUUAGUCAGUCAGCUGAUGCUGGAGUGUUUGUGUGUGGAGGGGAAAUCGCGCUGUUGCAUCUCUGUUCUGGUUCCUCGCUGUGUUUUUAAGGGACCUCAUCAGCUUUAGCUCAAGUUUCUCUGAAAACAUUCGUAUGGUGGCUUUGCAUGACCAAACUUUAGGUAGCUUAGUGACCAGAAUGCAGAGCUGGAAAGUGAAUGACACUAUUGUUUGAACCAAAACAUGAGGGAGACUCCGGAUCUGUGGGGGAAAUGGGAGUUAUUGUGGGAUUUUGACCUUGGGGAAAGGGUCAUUUAGGGUUAUUUGUGUUUUUGUUUUUUUGUUUGUGUGUGUUGAUGAAUGCACUGAAAAAAGUAAUGCAUUGAAUUUACGAUGAUCUAAAUAUGUGCAUCAUUUCCACAUGAAUACAAUUUAUACAUUAACAUAAUUACGCCAAAAUACAUGAAUUGAAAAGCAGAAUUGUGUCAUUCAGAGCUGAGUGAUAUAUGUAUCUUUAUAUUAAACUCUGUUUGCUUUUAGUUUCACUGAUAUGUUUAAUAAAUAAUGAGCAUUAUGCUUUAAUGCCCAUAAAAUAACAGUGGCUUUUCAGUUCUAUCUUGUGCACCUUAAUUAUGAUUGAUUUGAAAGAAUAAGAGAUUACAAGAUUAAAUAUUAUAAAUGGCCAGGGCCUCCUGGUGGGCCCAAAGUUUUAUUACACACUGCUAUACGCUAAGAAUAACUCAGCCAGUUUGCAUUGAAGUCCCUGUAGUUACCGAAUGAAAAGUCUUGGGAUUUUAGGGGGUUAAUUAGACCAUAUCCAUUCGGUAAAUGUGUAUAGGCUAGAUUUAAACUGAUUCUUUGAUCUGAGAAAUUGGGGACGGGGGCAUACCUUAUUCUCCGGGGGCUUCCCCCCAAGUUGCCCUAUAAUUUAGGUUUUUAUGGGGAAUUUACCUACUUUAGACAGUGCUAAAAAACUUGCUGUAAUAGCAGUUAACAGGCAUUCUGGUAGUCCGUAGCAUACAGUGUAUGUACAUAUCUAAUUUGUAUUUAUAUGGGGUCCUCUGGCUCCUGGGGUCCCUAAGUCCUUGCCUCUCUUCAACAGUACUGAAAAAAACUGGCUAUAAAAGCAAUUAACCCCUUAAAACCUCAGACUUAGUCCAUACUAAAGCCUAUUAUUCAGUAACUACAAGGACUACAGUGCAAGCUAGCUGAGUUAUAGAAGUGUGUAGUUAAACUGUGGACCCACUGGUGGGUCCCUCCUGGCCAUUUAAGAGGUUAAAUACAGUCUUAUGCAAAAGUUUGGACACCCCUGAUAAAUUACAGGAUCUGUUGAUUUUCUAACUGAAAAAGCUGAAGCACCAUUCUGUAUAUUUUAAUACACCUUUUUUCUGAAUUUAACAUAUUGGGGUGGGUGUUAAAAUGCAUAAGAUAUUAGUCUGUGCAAAAGUUAUACACUUUUAUUUUCCCCCCCAUAUGUUAAACUCAGCAGAUAAACAGUUAUUGUGAAUUAAAAUUUGCUGAAAAAUGUUAAAAUCAACAUUCGACUGGAGUGUUCACACUUUUGCAUACAGCUGUAUCGUCUCAUACCAUGAUGUCACGUUAUAUUUUGAAAUGAUCAUGAUAUUCAGUUUUUAUCAAUAUUUGCCCAGCUCUAGCAUUUUCAUUCGCAUGGAAAUGAUAUACAUAUUUGAACCUGUUCACUUUUUCAGUGCACAGAAGGACAGGUCCUGUAUUUUUUAGCCUGCAGAAAAUAACGUGUCUGAUUUGAAAAAUUAAUGUCUCCUCAAACCUGAAAAGCUGGUGCGGCUUUGCAUGCCAAAGCUUAAAAGUUCGAAUGUGUGCAUUUUAAGGCUUUUUUGGUGUCCCAAAUGUGAUAUGAUAUCCUAGCUUGUAAAAGCUUGAGCUGGUCUUGAGCUAAAGUCACACUCCGUACAGCCUCCCUUUAACAGCUAAUUGCUACUGAACUCUCUCUGAUAUUUAUAUUAGUGGACACUAAGCUCAUGAAUGUUUUGCACACAUUUCUGAACAUUUAAAGCCUCCGCAUGAGAUCUUUCCUCAUUAAUACCCACUUUUGGCCCCUGAGUAGACUCACUGAGCAGUUGGUGAUUAAAGGAAUGGUGUACAUUAAAAAAGAUGAAUGUAUGCAUAUUUUUUCCACUGGAGCUGUGAGGAUAGUGGGACUAAAGAAACACACUUCAGACACCAAACAUGACAUGGCUGAUUGACUACAUUUGCUUUAAGGAGAAAAUUUUUGGUGAUCCUUCCCUUCAAAUUUGGUUCAUAAAUACACGGCCUGUCCUGUGGACGACUGAUCAUUCCCUGCACUAUUGAAUAUGAAAUGGUAAUUUAUGGAUGCAUUUUAGAUUCCCAAAGCAAACAUAUGCAAUGUGCUGAACUACACAAGUGUACUGGACUCUUGCCUUUGUCAUUGCUCGUUACUUUGACUUUUUUUUUUUUUUUAUUAUUUUAGACAAUACAGCAAAGAUGCGCACAUAGCCUCCACGUGCUUAUUGUAGUUCUGAGAAUUUUAGGGUUUAGAGUAGAACAUAGAACACCAGCUGAACUGUUUUUGAUAUGUUCAUGUUCAGAUUUGUUGUUGUGAAUUAAACAUGGCUGUUUGGUAUCAUUACCCAG